CUCGGGUUACUUGAUUGACUGUAUGCUUGAAAACCCAUCAAAGAUUUCUUCAGGCUCUCCAUGCCUGUUCUCCAAGGAAACCAACCUUAAAGGGCAAAGCCAUUCAAAUUUGAAAACAGACAGCAAAUUCCAAAAAGUGAGGUUUCUUCCAUGCCUACCUUUCUUCUUUUGAGCUUUUUGUCUCUUGCUUUCUAAACAAACCUUCUGUUAACCGUCUAAUUCUAACGUUCUCAUAUUCUACUUGUGGGCAAUCUUCGUUUUUUGCUGUAGAAGCACAAACAACAAAACAACCAAUGUAUCCUAAAGUGAAGGUGAGGCUACAAGAACAAGAUGAUUAUUUUGCCCCACAAAAUCAUCACAGGACAUUGCUGUUGACAAAUGCCUCUGAUGAAUCUGUCCCUGGGAAGGAGACUCACAGCUGUUCUCCCCCAUCAAUUGCCAUAACCAAGAAGGCUUAUGUCUCCAAGCUACAGGGACACUCCAUUUCUUCAUCCAAAGAGAACAGCAGAAAUCCGGGUAAGGCUACAAAACCAGCUGAUGCUAGAUCUUGUUCAAUCCUUCGUCCCCGUGCCGUCUUAUCUAGCCCUGAAAAUGAUGGGAUGAUUGGAAGCAGAAACAAGGUGGUUGAUAAAAACUCAUUGGCUGUCAAAGUGCAUAACACAAAAGAGAAAGUGGCAGCUGCCCAAAAGCCCCAGCAACCCAAGAUCGUCCAAAGUCAGGUGAAGAAGGCGGCAAGGCCUGUGAACAUGACCAAAAGGCUCCAACAAAGCGUUGAUAAAAAGAAUGGGGUGGUGCAGAGUAGAAUUCAAAAACCCAUGAUGGAGAAACAGCAAGCAAGCCUUGGAAUGAGGAAACCAAGUUUUACUUCAACUUAAUGUUCGACAUAUCACAUUGGAUCAAUUUGGAUGUGCCAAAUGAUCUGUUUCUUUCAUGAAUUGAGCUUUCUUAAGGUGUGAUGAGUAUGAAUUUCAAGAAUUUAUAUAUUUUUAUCAGUCCUGUUUUCAUGGACCUACGGUCCAAGAGACUUGUUGUCACUCACCCUUGGAUCUAAUCUAAGGAUUGAAAAAAGAGAGUAAAAAAUCAAUUUUAUUUUACUUUUACUA